AUGCCAGCUGCUGCGGUGAAGCCUGCUCUGGACAUGGUUGCCGAGGGAGGGGGCGUAGGGGAGCGCGGGGUGUCCCAAUGGGAAACCGCUGGGCUGGGUCGGCAGAGGCUGCCUCUGCCCUCCCUGAAGGUCCCCAGAGAGCUGCUGCGAAGCUUCCCCCACUCCAAACGGGUUGGAUCCUACCUGGUGGGAAAAAUGAUCAACAAGGGCUCAUUUGCCAAAGUGAUGGAGGGGCUGCAUAUCAGCACAGGGGAAAAGGUAGCCAUUAAGGUGAUAGACAAAAAAAAAGCACGACAGGACUCCUAUGUACAGAAGAACAUGAAGAGGGAGCCUCGCAUUCAUCAGAUGGUGCGACACCCUCAUAUUGUAGUUCUGCUGGAGACUCUGGAGACUGAGAACAGUUACUACAUGGUUAUGGAGCUCUGUGCUGGAGGAGACCUGAUGGACAGGAUCUGUGAGAGGAAGAGGCUGGAGGAGCGGGAGGUGCGGCGCUACACCCGACAGAUCCUCUCUGCUGUGGAACACCUGCACAAACACGGCAUCGUGCACAGAGAUUUAAAGAUCGAAAACUUCCUUCUGGAUGAACACAACAAUAUAAAGAUUGUGGACUUUGGCCUGAGUAACACCCUCAAGACUGACUCUUUAUCUCUGGAGCUCCUCAGCACCCAGUGCGGAAGUCCAGCCUACGCCGCCCCGGAGCUCCUCGCUCACAGGAAGUAUGGACCCAAAGUGGAUGUGUGGUCUGUAGGCGUGAGCAUGUUUGCAAUGCUGACAGGAACUCUGCCCUUCACUGUUGAGCCGUUCAACAUCAAACAGCUGCACCAGAAGAUGGUCAACGGGGAGAUCAGCAGCAUCCCCAGUGACAUCAGCAAAGGUGCUGUGUCAUUUGUGUUGUCUCUCCUGGAGCCCGACCCAGCAAAGAGACCUAGUGUUAGAGCUGCCAUGGAGGAGAGAUGGAUAAAUGAGGGCUAUUCCAAAAAAGCUCUGCACACUCUCUCUCAUAAAAACAGGUUGUCUCCAGAGGAUCUCAACUCGACCGUGCUAGAAUACAUGACAGAGACACUGGGAUAUUCCCUCUCUGAAAUCAUACACACGGUCACAACCAACCGACCCUCGGCCCUCACGGCCUCCUAUCACCUGCUGCUCAGCCGGCUCAGCAGGAGUCAGAAAGGAGCCAAAGCCAGCAAGAAGCUAGAGAAUAACGACUGGAGUCUUCCCAGCAAGAAUACAUGGAAAGAGAGGAAUAACAGUGAAUCACAGACUCCACAACAGAAUGAACCAACCAAUGAAAAAAGCUUGAAGCAGCUGAGCAAGCCUCUGAGGAACCAACAGGCAAGUGAAUUUAAGAGCAGCAGAAAGAGGACUGAGAACCUGCACAGAGAGGGUGACGAGAAUCGGUCACCUUCUCCUUCUCUACCCCAGCUUCCUCACUCUGCCUCUCCGUCCUUACCCCCUCGUCUUCCCUCUCCUUCCCCUGCACCUUUGUCUGCAGAGGAGAGGGCUACUGAUGAGGAGACCUUAGAUGCCAGAGAGACACUGUUUGCAGAAGUAACUGUUUUUGGAGACAGGGAACUCGUCCACCUUUCUCCUCCUAAAAACUCCACAUCUCAACUCUGUGACUCCGCCCCUUGCCAAGUUCCCUUACCUGCGGAGCCAAUCAGAGACAGCAGCACGUCAAGACCAGUCCGAAAUACGCACCUGCUCAGGACUACUCAGUCAGAUGGUGCUGCGGACCCCGGGUCAGACUGCUUCAAAGGCACCCGGCGCCCGGAAGAUUCUCAUCACCUGAGCAUCAAUGAGCGACUGGAGAAGCUGCAGACGUUUUAUUCAUCCGAGAAGAACGGCACGUCUCCCAGGACGCUCCUGGACACUGACACGCGCACCACACACUCCUCAGACAGAGGCCACUUGGGUUCUGUUGAGGCGUCACAGACAUCGCCCUCUUCCCCCCUCCCACUCCUUAACAACGUGGCGCUUAAAGAUGGGCGGGGAAGGAAGAUGACAUGGGCAGGGCUGACCCGACCCGGGCCCCCGAGACUCCUCGUGAAUGGGUCUAAACCUCCUGCUUUCCCCUCACAAAGACAACAUACUCUGGUCUUCAAGAACCUCAGGCAGGAGAGGGGAAGGAGGAAAGAGCUGUCUGCAGCACGAGGAGAGAGAGUAGCAGGAGGGAUAAAUGGAGCCAAGAGGAACUCAGUUCAGUUGCGCUCGUCUCUCCAGCGUCGCGUGGCAGACCUGAACCUUCCACUGCUUUCUGCAGGCCUGCAGGGGAAACCUGACAGGAAGAGUCAGCUACACAGCAUGGACUACUGA